CCGCGUCCCGGGUGUUGCUCUCCUCUCUGCUCCCCCGCGCCCGCCGCCUCGGUCUCCGCCAUGCUCUCCGUCCGCGUCCCGCUCGCCACCCUCGCCGACCAGCAGCAGCUGCAGCUGUCGCCGCUGAAGGGGCUCAGCCUCGCCGACAAGGAGAACACGCCCCCAAGCCUCAGCGGGACCCGCGUGCUGGCCAGCAAGACCGCCAGGAGGAUCUUCCAGGAGCCCGCCGAGCCGAAGCCUCCGGCGCCUGCCGCUGGCGUGGAGGACGAGCCCCUGCUGCGGGAGAACCCGCGCCGCUUCGUGGUCUUCCCCAUCGAGUACCAUGACAUCUGGCACAUGUAUAAGAAGGCCGAGGCGUCCUUUUGGACCGCGGAGGAGGUGGACCUCUCCAAGGACAUCCAGCACUGGGAAGCCCUGAAGGAGGAGGAGAGAUACUUCAUAUCCCAUGUGUUGGCGUUCUUUGCGGCAAGCGAUGGCAUCGUCAAUGAGAAUCUGGUGGAGCGGUUCAGCCAAGAAGUUCAGAUCACAGAAGCCCGCUGUUUCUAUGGCUUCCAAAUCGCCAUGGAAAACAUACACUCGGAGAUGUACAGUCUCCUGAUUGACACAUACAUUAAAGACCCCAAGGAAAGGGAAUUUCUCUUUAAUGCCAUUGAGACGAUGCCUUGUGUCAAGAAGAAGGCGGACUGGGCCUUGCGUUGGAUUGGGGACAAAGAGGCGACCUACGGAGAACGCGUCGUGGCCUUCGCUGCGGUGGAGGGCAUCUUCUUCUCUGGCUCUUUCGCGUCGAUUUUCUGGCUCAAGAAACGAGGACUCAUGCCCGGGCUGACGUUCUCCAACGAGCUGAUCAGCAGGGAUGAGGGUUUGCACUGCGACUUUGCCUGCCUGAUGUUCAAACACCUGGUACACAAGCCGUCGGAGCAGAGAGUCCAGGAGAUCAUCAUCAACGCUGUUAGGAUAGAGCAGGAGUUCCUCACCGAGGCCUUGCCCGUGAAGCUCAUUGGCAUGAACUGCGCCUUGAUGAAGCAGUACAUCGAGUUCGUGGCGGACAGGCUGAUGCUGGAGCUCGGCUUUAGCAAGGUGUUCAGAGUGGAGAAUCCGUUUGACUUCAUGGAGAACAUUUCACUGGAAGGGAAGACCAACUUCUUUGAGAAGAGAGUGGGCGAGUAUCAGAGGAUGGGGGUGAUGUCGAGCCCGACGGAGAACUCCUUUACCCUGGAUGCCGACUUCUAAACGAACCCCAAGGAUGUGCUCUUAGUUUUCCCCCUCAUCAGAAAAAAAAGAAUGGGAAAAGUGUCCCGAGCUGCACCACGAACUGUCCUAGUGUUAAUGCCUGGUGUCUGUAGCUACCUCAGCGUGCUGUUCCGUAGUGCCGCGCUGUCUUCCAGGAGGGACGCUGCGGCAAAAGCCACCCGGACACUUAGGAGAGGCAGUCUGCCCUCGGGCGGGGGACCCUCAGCCAGCCCACCAGGAGGCCACACAGUGGCUGCCACAGACAGGUGCAGGGUGUCGGCCUCACUGCCUCAAAGCAGACUCUGAGGGUUUACUUGAGCAGCUUGUAUAUGAAGCCAGCACUUUACACAGACGUUGUACUGUCGGGAAACGCCUGGUCAGCUUGGUUUCUCCCGAAUACAAAGUCUUAUGUUUACCACUAACGGGAACCAAUUCAAAAUUUACUCACUGAGCAACUAAAAAUAAGUUAAACUUGCAUCCACUAAAUCGGUCAUUUCUAACCUAUUGAAUGAAUCGAGGCAUCUGAUGAACUUCAGGUGGUCCUGCACGCCUUAGUCUGCCGAUGCCACUUAGGAAGCAGGUGGCUCCGGUGCAGCUGGGCCAGUGUCGGGCAAGACAGGCGCUAGGAGCUGGCGUGGCCUGGGGGACUGCUAGCCCCAGUGUUGGCCUGUGUGAGGGGCAGGGUCGUCAUCUCCAAGUGUUCUUCCAGCUUUGCUCGUAGAAGGUCCUUGCAGGGGCUUUUUGGGUGGGGUCUAAGAUAGCAUUGUGAAUCUCCCGAUAGGCGGGUUGUUUUGUUCAAGACUAAGGGCUUGCUCCUGUUCAAUGGUGAGACCAGGGCUGAACCGGCUCCCCUGGAGGCUGUUUGUGAUUCCGCUUGUGUGUCAGUAGGUACUGUUGGCUUGAGUUAGGGUAUGGUUACUACGUAUGUCCUUUUCAGUCUCACCUGUGGCUCAUACUGUGAAAAUCACCCCAUGUCAUCUUGAAGUUCAUAA